GAGGUUGUAAACUGAUAUACCGGACUUCUGCAGAGUGUAAGUGCAUACACAAGAGCAGUACGGUACAUACGGGCACUUAAGGAGCAGGAUAUAUUCAGCAGGGUGUAUUCAACAGGACACACUCAGCAGCGGGAUAUACCCAGCAGGAUAUGCAUAGCAGGAUAUCGGCCUAAUCAUCAGCUAUACGAUGGGGCAUUCUAACCGGAAGACUCUUUUGCUGGGGGCAGCUAUUCUGGCCUUCGUAUUCAUCAUGACAUCUUACAACACAACGCUGACGUCAUCAGGUAAUGCUUCUCAUCUGUCCUUGUUCUCCAGGUUAUUUCAGAAGAGUGACAGUGUGUACAGAGAACGACGAGAAACCCUGCUGAAGGCAUGCAAAGGCAAAAUCAGCGAGUACGGAGGGAGAGAUUUAAUCGGCAAUAGGCUGUCGGUGGAUGAGAAACACAAGCUGUUGUAUUGUCCCAUUGCUAAAGUUGCCUCGUCGUUUUGGAAAAGGGUGUUCCAGGUGUCUUCGGGGACGAAAACUGGACUCAGCCCUUUUGACGUGAAAACUGGCCAUGACAAUUCUCAACCGACUCUUGGCCAAUAUCCGUUCGGCGUUGCUCACUGGACAUUAAAAAACUUCACCACGUUUUUAUUCGUCCGAGAACCAUAUUCCAGACUGCUGGCAUGUUAUAUCGAUAAAUUCUUCACUACAAAUCCAUCAUUUUGGAACAUUGGGAAAGUCAUCAUCCGCAAUAAUCGAAAGAACCCAGACAAACUGUCACUAUCCUGUGGGCACAACGUCACGUUUCCUGAAUUUAUUAAGCACGUCAUCCGUACUGUGGAGACAAAAGCUGGUCUUAACCUGCACUGGAUGCCCAUGUACAUGGUAUGUUCUCCUUGCGAGGUGGAAUAUGACCUCAUUGGUAAGUUGGAGACAAUUUCUCAGGACCUCAACUACAUUUUGGAAAAGUACAUUGGUGAUGAUAUAAUUUUUCGUGAUAUGGAAAGUGAAAGCGAGGUAGACCGUCUUGAGAAAAACGUGUAUGGUCUCUACGGUCGGUAUAACUCACAUGCGCAGAACUGCAUGUCUUUACCAGAAACACUGCUGAGACUUCUACGAAAAGAACAGGUGCGCGGCAUCCUAAAUAAAUCUGUUGAAUUUCCAGAUUGGUUCAGCCAUGAUAAAUCAGUUUCCAAGGAAGAAGUGAAGACGUUUAUCUUACAGAAGUACAAAGGGGACAGCGAUAAAAACCUACGCAAGCUAAACCGACAAGAAGCUCUAUUGGAGGCAUACAGCCAGGUGCCAAUGGAGGACAUGCUGAAACUGCAAACACUUUACAAACCAGACUUUGACAUCUUUGGUUACGAUCCGCAGCCCGCUGAGCUGUUUGAGGAAAAUGUGAGAAAACGGAAUAUGAGGAAAUUCUACUUCCCUUGAGUUGACAAUUAUAGGUACAGCUGAAAAUGAAUUUUGGACCACACUAUAAGACACUCUCCAUAUAAUUAUAUUCCAGGGAGAUCUGAAGCCCAACUCUAAAACCCAAGCUGCAGGUACUAGUCUUGUAUGUCUGAGGUAAACUCCAAAAACCCUGACCGCUGGCACUAGUCAUGCUAGCCUAAGGUCCACUCGAAAAACCCUGACUGCAGGCACUAGUCCUCCUUGCCUGAGGUACAUUCCAAAAAUCGUGGCUACAGGCAUUAAUCAUGCUUGCCCGAGGUACACUCCAAAAAUCGUGGCUACAGGCAUUAAUCAUGCUUGCCCGAGGUACACUCCAAAAACCGUGGCUACAGGCAUUAAUCAUGCUAGCCUGAGGUACACUACAAAUCUAGGGGUUCGCUUCACAAAAAGCCUGAGGCUGACUUUGACUAUUAAAUCCGAUAGCUG